AGGAAAACUAUUUCAUUGACAGUGAAAAUUAAGUACAGUAUCUGAGUGUCAAACACAACCAGGUGUAUUGGCACAUUUAAGGACAAGGUAAAACAUUUUGUUUUUUGAAGUUUAAAAUAACCCUUUUCAACAAUAGCUUAAAAACCCAGAUGAUUAAACCAUCACGCUUUAUGAGCAAUAACAUUUGUCUGAGUGCUCUUGCUUUUGCUUGAUUUGUCUUGAUUUCGGCUGCGCACUUACAUCCGUCUGUACGGUACUGAAGCGACGCGUUGCCACGGCAACUCACGUUUGUUCGUCCACACUUCCGUAUCGGGAAGAAAACUGCAAAUAGAUAAAAAGCUGCGUGAAAUAAAAACUCUAAAGCGAUCCGUCAACAGACUAUUACAACGAAAACAGUCGUGUAGCGAAGCCGUUAUUACCGGGACCGUCUGCCACCGAACGACCGCAGCGGCGCUGAUGGAAGCCCCGCGGGAGGAGGAGACCCCCGCCGGAGCCGUGGCCGGGAUGGAGGGGCUCGACCUCGGAGGGGAGUUGAAAGCAUCCCACGAAGCGCUCACGUUCCUGUCCAGUAUUGAGCCUGCAGAGCUGCUGAAGUGUGUGUUCCCAGACUCUCUGGUGAGCGUGUCAGCGGGGGGCCGUGACCUGGGGAAGUUCAGUGUGACGGUGGAGUUCGCCCAAAGGGUCCAGCAGCCAUGUCUGCUCCUGCACGCCCAGAGCCAGGGAACCAUCGACGACUCCCCCUGUGGAACUGCAGUGACAGCCUACCUAACCAGGGAGCUGGAGGUGCUGGAGGAAGACUACCAUGAGUAUGUCAAGCUCGAUGGUCACAGUUUGGACAAGAGGUGUCACAUGGUGCAGCAUGACGGACGGAUGCUGAUCGAUAAGGUUAUCACUGUAGGAGAGGAGACAACAAUGGAGAGUGUCUCUUAUCCCAUGUCUGUCCUAAACGGACUCGUCACCGAAGGGUCCAACUUUCUGCUUAUGCGCCUGUUUGCUGUUGGGAGGAAGGUGCCUGAGCACAUGACCGCGAUCUCCUUUGACCCGGGAUUACACAUCCAACACACCACCUUCAGCGCGCUGGGUCUGAAGCAGCUGGAGGUUGGGGAUGACACCGUGGAGGUCUUAGGGGUGGAGAGGACUGUUCACUCUUUGGAAGACGGUCCCACUACCUGGCAGUGCUACUUCCUAGCGGAUGGGCACAUGGCCAGCAGAGUGCAGGUGGGAUCACCAGUUUCUAUGAGGCUUCUGCAGCUGCAAUCACAGCUAGAAACAGGUUUUGAGAAGAUCCCUCUGGUUUGGGAAGAAGACAUGCAGAUGCGCUCCAGGUUUCUGGACAGAAAGGAGGAGCUGAAGGCGGACCACGCCUCGUACCUGAGAUGUCAUCCAGAGUUCCGGGCCCUCACAGCUGACUUCCUGCAGUCUCUGCUUUUGAAAAAACCAGAUGACGUCUUUAAGUUUUCCAGAGAGUACUUUUGCUCCCAGCCGUCUUCUAGUAACAAGCCUGAAAGGCCCCCUCACUCUGAAAGGACGGCCCUGACUCCACCACCCAAAUAAAAAGCAUCUCAGUUUAUUUAUGCUUUCAACUUCAGUUAUAUCUUUAUAUCUCUAUUUUUCCUUACAAAAUACAUGGAUAGCAGUAGCCUAUAGUAUACAACUUGGGGAGGAAUAAUUACUUUAAAACCCAAUACUUCAACGUAGCUGUGUGAUCUUGCAAAAAGAAACCUUCUGUGAUCUGAAUAAAGUGGUCUGUUGGACGUUUCUGUUA